AUGGGCUGCGCGAGCAGCGCGGUCAGGGAGCCGGACGAAGCCAGCCGGCCUCCAGAGCCUGUCAAGGGACAGGAGUACCACUUCCACUUCGAAUCUGCAGGAAACGCGAUCGUGGUCAAGAAAGGCGAUGGCAACGUCGACGGCGCGCCGAUGACGUAUCCGACGUGGAUGCAGGUGGAGACGCGGGGGGGGGGGCGACCGGGAGAGUUCCGCCGGUUUGCCCUGAAGACGUUCGAGAAAGUUCCCCGCGCGGGAGAUCCCGCGAAACUCGAGCACAAGACGCUCGUGCGCGCGUUCGCGUUCGGGCCGCUCGUUCAGUGGCGCAACUGGCGGGACCCGUGCGCGGACGAGCUCGGCACGAUCCCGGACUUCACGAGCGGCGGGGUGUCGGAGAUCAACCACAAGUGCAAGGCGAUCAUCCACCUCAAGGUGCUCCUGAAAGCGCCGCGGCCUGCGUCGCCGCGCGCAGCGGCGACGGCGUACGACUUCGACAACGCGCCUGUCGGCAUGAUCGCGCCGGGCCCGGACGAGACCAAGGCCAUCGACGCGCUGGAGACAGUCGGGUAUCUGGAGGUCAAGUGCAAGGCCAUGUUCAAGCGGGACGACCACUGGCACAAACAGCCGAGCUCCAAGAAAAAGCACGCCGCGGGGGUCCCCUAUCGCAUUCGAUUCGGCCCCCUGUGCCACCAAACAGUGGCGUACUCCUGUCGUCUGUGGCUCGGGGGCUCCCCGCACGUCGCCGGCUCCGGCGCCACCGAGAUCCCCGUCUCCGUGUCCGGCGGCCCCGACUCGUCGACGACCCCCGGGUCCCGCCACGACUUGCACAGCAGCGCCUUCCGCGCGGCGAGUCAUUACCACUCCUCCACGAACGCCCCCAUGGCGACCGGGGUGGUCACCUCGGCCGACCACGACCCGGCCGUGGCGGCCAUGGCGGGCUUCGUCGCGGCCCGCCUGCUGACGCCUUUGCUGUGCGGCGUCCCGGCACCGCCCUUCCCUCGCGACCGCGUAAACCACGUGCACGGCAAGAUGUACUACAAGGGCAAGGUUCCCGCGUCGGAGAAGAUCGGGCUGUCCGCGAUGUCAGCGGGCGUCGCUGCCGGGGGCGGGGCUGCGGGGGGAGUGGGUGACUCAAGCAAAGCGAACUUCCCUGAAGAGGAGCGCGAGACGGGGCAGUACGAGGCGCAGGGGGACUGGCCGGAGAGCGCGCUGCCUGCGGGGACGGGCGGCGUGGCGGUCGUGUGA